AUGGGUGUCGAUACUAAGAGUGGUGUAAACGGGGAGAAAGAAAUGAAGGGGAACGGAAGCUCCUCUGCCCAGAUACUGUCCGGAAAACAGGAACACUACCUAAAGCGAGAAUUGAUCGGUAGCCAAGUUUCGAGCGAGAUUGUAGAGCUCAACUCCCCUACUGCGUUACGACGAUUUGGCGCACCGUUUAAAUCAGACUUUGGAGAAAUAGCGCCUGUCGACUCGGAAUUGCCAAUUCUACGCUAUAUAUUCGUUAACCAUGUCCGGAAUUUCCCCUUUUUAGAUAAGGCGCACGAGAAAGAAUUCUGGCAGGACCGGCUACAAGUGUUUCUAGAGUCCUUUGCCAAUAAGAAUAUCUCGUCAAGUGAGGAUCGUCAUGAAGAAACUAAGAGACGGAAACUUGCGAAGAAAUGUGAAAAAGUAGUUGAGCUGAUGAUGGUUUCGGGGAUACCAACUUCCUCAGGAUAUGAGGAAAGAAUACGCUUUUCAGAAAUGGAGGUCGUCGACAGAAGUGCAAACGAGCAGGGGUUGCUUGUCAAUAUGCCUGAAGGGAAUGUUAUAAACGGCUGGGACGUGAACAUUGCCGCAGUUAGGACGACUCUUGUAAGACGAACUUUAAGGUACCAUCAACACGCGGCACUAGUUCUCAUUGAUGAUUUGCAGGAAUUCCUGAUUCGAGUUCGUCAAGAAAAUGGCUCCAGUAUAUACAUUGGUCGGCGCUUUGGUGACUUCGCGAGAUUGCACAAAAAUCUACGAGCAGAGCUCCCAGGGAAGGUCAUACCUCCUCUCCCAAGGAAAAACAAAAACUCAGUAUCGUCAUCGUUUCUUGGUUCAAGUAUAGAUGACGAUGCAUCGUCGACAUCGUCCGUCAAUACCCUAGAGACAAGCGAGAAUCAGUCUACACGAAAUCUUGUUGUUCCGGGAACCCUAAAGCACAAGUCUUCUAUCUCCUCUCUUAAAUCUAUAGGAUCACUGUCACCCAGAGCAUCAGGGGAAUUGCAGAGUGAAACUGUCUCGUUGUACAGAGAAGAGCAACGAGUCUCCCUUCGCGCUUUUUUGAGAUUAAUUCUACAAAACAAUAGAAUAGCCUCGUCAAAAGCUAUGAGGGAAUUUCUAACGGACAAACCGAUUACCUUGAACGAAGAAGAACAAAUUGAUAUUGAAAGAAGAAAAGAGCUUGAUGCAAAACGGAUUGAGGAGCAAAAGCGCUUUUAUGAGAUUGCGCGUAAACGUGCCCGUGAAUUAGACGUCUACAUGGAGCAAUUCAGGCAAGAUAUUGUGGAAAGGAAUGGCCUCACGAAGCUCUUCCAAGAGAUCAGAGAAAAGGACUCCGUAGAAGCUUUGAGCCCCCAAUAUCAAAAAUUUGCAGAAUGGCUGCGUAUUGAGGUCGCCGCCACAUUAUACCAUAUUUUCUUAGCCGAGGAUAACUCACCCGAGCUAUUUGCUCAGGCUAAAAGAAUACAUUCUCUGGUCCCUUAUUCCAUCCUAAAGAAUGUCAUUCGCAUUGCUAAUCCUGCCGCUGUUAUGGCUGGGGUACUAGAUCUUUUCCUUGCUCAGCCAUUUGGGGCUAGAUCACUCCUGCAACGUAUUUUCUCCAUGGCAAUUCAAGACGGCGUGAAAGCGUUCCAGAAGUCUGUUGAUAGCUUAGCAACUAGGAUUGAGGAUAAUAUCCUAGUAGACAAGCUUCGAGCAUUUACGGAAGCUGAUGAGGGAGUGAAAAAUGAACUUCGUGCUGAAGCAGAGGCAGAGAGCGUCGACAUCGUUGUUGUAGUUCUGCGGUCAGAGUAUUUUCAACCAGAACUCACAGUACGGCAGAUUGAAAAAGUGUUCAAUUCUUACGUCGCUUGGGUGAGCGCGGUUGAAAGUCUCCAUGACCCUGAAAUACAGCAAGGUGCCCAGUGGUUCUCGUACUUAAAGCAGCUCUUGAAGGUGCUUACAAGGCAGAGAGAUAAGACAAUGAUGCUGAAUAUCAUUGAAGAGGUAAGGCUACUGCUUUCGUUUGACAUCAAAAUUAUGUACCUACUGACGUUGGAGCAGCCUGUGACACUACAACUUUUCCGCGACCUAUUCACCAUCUUUUACGAACCGUUAGUCCGUGUUUACAAGUCAGCAAACGUCUAUAAUAGCAUUACGGACUUUGCCGACUUUGCAAAUGAUGCUAUUGCUGUGAUCGAACGCGCUCAAAGACAGGAUAUUUCCGCUGACCCAAACCAAACCGUUCAGUCGUUCAUCGACCUUUGUACCCGUCAUCAACAGAGUUUCUAUAAAUUCGUUCAUGAAGUUCAUAUCCAUGAUAACGGAUUGUUUGCAUCACUGAUGACAUGGCUGGAAGACAUUCUCAAGUUUCUCCGUGAGGGGCCAGAGAGCGGAGGCACCCUUGACAUGAACGCGCUCUUCCAAGGAGCUGUUUCUGCUGGCCAAAUCGAUAAGAACAUUGCCAUUGCAGAGAUCGAUGCUAUCAUCAAAUGGCAUUCUGACAGAAAGAAGUGGCAUCAGGAUAAGACUCGACAGAAGAUGGCUGCUGAAGGCUUUAAUGAGCAAAUACCGGGUGCUACAACGUUUAAAAGCAGCGAUUUUGGACUCCAUGAGGCCGACUUGGAAGACCUUGUGAUUGAGGAUGACGCUUCUGACCCGUCUGACGAAAACUCAGAAGACGAUGAUAUGGACCCUAUAGCAUUUGAACGUAAACGCCGCGCUAAACACCAAGACCGCCUGCGUCGCACUGCAGGUGAACCUGUGAAGCCUAAUGUAUCAGAGAUAUUGAAGUUACGAGAAUCCUUUGGGUCGAUGUUGAGGAUGGUCCUCGCUGGUUAG